CAGAGUGGUUGCAUCUGAGAAAGUGAGUGAUGCUCAGACAGGAUCCAGACACGUAAGGGGAAAAAAAAAUCACUCGAUGUGUCAUGCAAUUAUGCAAAACAGAAGCUUUAAUCCUGAUCUGAAACUGGAUAUGGACGCUAUCGAUUUAGGACCGUUCUAACGGUCUGCUCUGACGUUCACGGCGACUAGUUAAUCUCUCCUCGGAUCAUCUUGGACGAAACAUGAGUUUCACUAAAUGGAGGGUCUAAUGAUGGAGGGACGUAGUCGGGUCACCGCGUGCGUGCUGCUGAUGUUCGUCUCCAUGGUGAUCGCUGAUUCACCUGCUGCAGUCUGGCCUUUGGAGGCUCCAAACCUGCCAAAUGAGUCUUCAGUGGAAGUGCUACACAAUGCAUUCUCCACCUUGUCUGGAUUUUAUCUUUCACCUAGUUCAGAUCCAUCCAAAGCCACAGAGAAUUACAAUCACAAUGUUAACACUGGAUUGGUAUUCGCUUACUCCCUGAACUCUGCCACAAGCCCAGAGCCUCUUGCCACACCUCCUUUACUUUCCUUAAAGUCUAGAAAGGGAGUUGGAUAUACCCCCAGAGGUUCCUCCAGACAGCCUCGACAACUAAAUUCUCCAGUGCCUACCUCCCAUAAUGUGCCCUUAUCUUGGUCUGCUAUCAGCCCAGCUCCUCAAAUAUCACAGACUACAGGUUCAUAUGUGCCGUCUAGCUUGCCUUCAGUUGGAGAAGAUUCUCCUGACGAGCCUCCUGUUCCAUCCCCUCAAACACAGGAUGGGACUGUGGGAGUCAGUGACUCUGAGGUUCCUUUUGGAGACAGAUUGGAACCAUCUAGCAGAAUCCAAGACCUCCAGUUACAAACCAGUCAUGACCCCAACACCCAGCUAGGCUAUCAGCAAUUGAAACCAAGUCAUAUGGUUUUUGUACACCAUCAAAUGACUUCAGUGUCUGUUGAGCCAACUAUGGGCCCACCCGAAGACCUUUUCCCAACCAACACUAUGGAUGUGGAGUAUGGCUCUGGAGAUUACCUAGAAACAAUGUCCUUCAUGGGAUCUGAAGGCAAUGACUAUUCACUGGUUAGCAAUCUAGUCACUGAUGUGUAUGACUUUGAGGACUCGAAUUCAGAGACCUAUGACACCACGUUCCCCUCAAGAAUGGUGAUGUCAUUUUCCAGCAAACACUUGUAUCCCUCCUCUAUCAGUGUUACUAAUUCUUUCUCCAGCAAACCUGUUGAAAGUCCCAGUUUCAAUAGCAAUUCAACCUUGAAUGGAGCCACCACUGACUUAACCAAACACGUAACAACCUUUCAGAGUUUUACAACCUUUGUGCCUUUUACCAUGUCAAGACCUUCAGAUUUCACCAGUAUUUUGACAUCAGACAUUGGACACACCGUUUCAACCAUCCAGCCAACCAGAGUCCAUUCCUUACCUAUUCUCCCGACAACUUCAGAUAGUUUUACAACCUUUGUGCCUUUUACCAUGUCAAGACCUUCAGAUUUCACCAGUAUUUUGACAUCAGACAUUGGACACACCGUUUCAACCAUCCAGCCAACCAGAGUCCAUUCCUUACCUAUUCUCCCGACAACUUCAGAUGUCUUAAACCAGAACCAGUCUGUCAAUGAGACCUCAGAGUUGGCAUCUGACUGGCCAAGCACUGUUACAGUCCAACCCACCGAUGUUCUUUUACCAGACAUGAACAGUUUAGAGUACUACACCAUCCAGUUGACCAAGGACAAUGGUAGCUUGCCAGAGCCCACUGCCAAUCAGACGGCCUCUAGUGUUUUCUCUUUCAUUCCAAUUGGCACCACACAUAUUGUGAGCACUAGAACCUACACCAUUGACCCAAGUUACAUGCUAACAGCUUUGUUUGAUGAAGAUCUACAGCCUACAGGUAACAGUUCCUGGACUGAGGAAUCCUCAACGGAUAUCUCUGGAUUUGAACCUUUUAACACCACUAUCUUGGAUCCCUCUGAAGUUGGACCGAGUUUAACAGAUACUACACUGCCAUAUUUGGAGCCGUCGUUUAUACCAACAAUAGACCCUUCAGCUUCAUUGGAAGAUAUAAACUCAACCACUGAUUGGGCUACAACACCUUUUAUACCGUACAACACUUCCUUACUGGUGACUACCCCACCUCCAGUGACCAAGGAACCAGAUGGUGUGUCUUCUGUUAAUAACAGCCAAUGGAUUAUCACCUCACUUCCAACAGAGACCCUCUUUCCUAGUAGUGUACUUCCCACUGUUUUAGUAACCAGCUUUAUCAGUGUUUCUGAAAACCCAACUGACUCAACCUUGAACAUCACCUCCACCCCUCCUGCAACGGUGAUGGCUGAUGAAGGAUUUGUGUCUGGAACAACACCUGACACCAUGGUUACUGAUAGCGAUAACACCACACUGAUCGGUAACCUUACAACCACGUCCUCCCCAGUAUUACAUAAUGAUACUACUGUGGCACCUUUCUCUAUCUCAAGCUCCAACAACACAACAGUGACUACCCUGAAUGACACAUCAGUUACAACCCAAUCCACAAUCCUCCCAACAACCACUGCCCGGAAAUAUCUCUGCAGCAUCACUAAACCUGACACCUACUUGAUCAGAGUUGGGUUUCCUCCAGGGUCCACUGCUGGAUAUGCCAAGGCCAAAGUCAGAGAGAUUCUCAAAGGAGAAUAUAACCGCUCUGUGGAGCUACAGGUAGUGAAAGCUCCUCCAGACUUUGUGUUUCGUGCUGUGUCUGGUGCAGUGGUUUAUACUGCCAUAUCAGUCAUUAAUGCCCUGAGAAUCUCUGCUCGGACCACCAGCUCCUUUAUCAGCGUGUCACCCAUCAGUCCUAUACCAGGUCUGCAGUACCAUGUUCAUACAGUUCUUCAGUUUGUACCCAGCCAUGUAGAUGUGCGAAUGUGUACCUUCAGUGAGCAGGCAGAGAAGGGUCUGAUCACAGCUUUAUCUGAAGUCCGCAGACGCUCACAAGAGUCCACAAACUUCACUGUGAAUAUUUUAAACAUCACCACGAGUUCUGUGGAAAUGGCGGCACAACAGCAGAAGGUUCCAGUGGAGAUCACCUUUGCUGUGCGUGAUAUCCGUGGGUAUGUGCCAGGGACAGAGGUGAGCUCCCAGCUUCGACAGCUCAGCGUGGUCGAGUACAGCUACUACCUGGGCUACCCUGUACGGCAGAUCGCAGAACCUUUCCACUACCCAAAGCUGAACACAACCCAACUGCUUCGUUCCUCAUGGGUUAGAACAGUGUUGUUGGGAGUGUUAGACCAGCGUGUGAGUGACAAGAUCUUCAAGGCUACGAUUGAGAGGAGACUGGCUCAGUUGCUGGGCGAUGCAUUGGGUAUGGGUCAUCGCCUUAGAAGAGCAACUAAUGUGGGAAACAACAGCGUGCAGAUUGUACAGACCACUCGUCUUGUGGGCCCUGACAACCCUGUGGAGAUGAUCUACUUUGUGGAAGGAGCUAAUGGACAGAGACUUCCCGCCGCAACCACAGCCAGCAUGCUCAACAGUCUUGACGUGCAGCAUGCAGCGAUCAUCAUGGGAUACCGCGUCCAGGGAAUAUUAGCACAGCCUGUGGAAAAGCAGGCCUCGCCUCCCUCAGACACAGAGAAGACCAACACGUGGAUAAUCGUAGGGGUGGUGGUCCCCGUGGUGGUGGUCGUCAUUAUAAUAACUAUCCUGUACUGGAAACUCUGCCGCACUGACAAACUGGAAUUCCAGCCAGACACCAUGAGCACCGUCCAACAAAGACAGAAGCUGCAGGCGCCCAGUGUCAAGGGUUUCGACUUUGCCAAGCUGCACAUGGGCCAGCAUAGUAAGGAUGAUCUCAUGGUCAUCCAGGAGCCGUUGCCACUUCCUGUGACCGCCAAGGAACAGAGCCCAGCUGAGAACGCAGAGGUGCCCACACUAAAGUCCAAAGCUUCCCGCAAUGGCCAGCGGCGCAGGGGCCAGAUUUCUCCAUCAGAGGGCGACUCCAUAGGCAGUGACCCACCCAGCGACAGAGGAUCACCUGAGGAGGGCAUGAGAACCUCUGGUCUGCCUACCGAUCCUAAGCAACCACGUAAAAUAGCUGCAAAUGGAUUAAACGGGAAGAAUAGAAUUGGUCCACCCCCAAUGAAUGGCAUGGAUGAGCCUUUAUCUUCAGCUUCCAUUUUUGAGCAUGUGGACCGAAUGUCCCGCCCAACGGAUGGCCCUAAACGCCCCCCUAAUAAAAUCCAGCUCAUCGCCAUGCAGCCGAUGCCAGCCCUGCCUUUACCCAGCCCUACAGCCAAUGACAGAGCAGCAGAGAACGCCAAGCUCAACAAAGAGAUCCAGGUGGCUUUAAGGCACAAGUCUGAAAUCGAGCACCAUCGCAAUAAGAUCCGCCUGAGGGCCAAAAGGAAAGGCCAUUAUGACUUUCCUGCUAUGGAUGAUCUCAUCGAUGGUCUAGGCGACCCCAAAGAACAGGACCAAAUCUACCAGAAGGCCCAGAUGCAGAUUGGCAAGAUACUUGAUCCAGAUAUUCACAUGCCCUCACUGUACACCGAGCCCAAGAAAAGCAACAGAGGGAAGCGUUCUCCUAAACAGAGAAGGAAACAACAGCUGAACGGUGAUCUGACGGAUGCUGACCGAGAUAGACUCAUAACGACAGACAGUGAUGGGACAUACAGGAAAUACCCAGGAGUCAAUAACAGUGCAUAUGUGUCGGACCCAGACCAGGGUCCCGAGCAUCAUAGUCCGUCCCCGACGAAUGAUGUGUUCCAUGGUCCGAUUUCUCCUCCUCCUGGCCACCCUCCUCCACCACCCCCAUACCUGCCCCCUCAGCCGUCUAUAGAGGAGGCCCGGCAGCAAAUGCACUCUCUACUGGACGAUGCCUUUGCCCUCGUGUCUCCUUCGUCUCAGGGCAGCACAGCUGGCAUCACUCUGCCUGGUGUCGGGCUUAACCCUGGACCCCCACCUGCCUCCAGCCCACCAUCCCGUGGACCGCGGCCCUGGGGCCCAGGAUACCUGCCCUUGAAUCCUUACACAGGGAGAUAUGCUGAAUUAGGUCUGCCACCUUCCAGUGUGCAAGGUUUACUCCAUCGACAGGGUUUAGGGUCCGGCUACAUCCCAUCAGGAGAGGCCCUUCCUGUUGAACAGCUACAGUCGGAGUCGCUUUACGCUGGUCGAAGGGGAAACACAGAUGAAUUGCCCUCCUCUGCCAGGCCACGGCCUGUAGGUGGGACUACAGGUGCCCAGCUACAUCAUUUAACCCAUGCUGGUCUGACAGGUCGUGUAGGUGACAGCCGGCAGCCUGGUGGGUUAAACUGGAGCCCGUAUCAUGAGGACGACAGCAAGCUCGCUAACAACAGAGAGCCUGUUCUUGGCUCUCUUGACUACACCUCCAUCUCUGUAUUCCAGACCUCCAGGAAUGGCCUGAAGGAGCCAUCUGCUGCUCCUGCCCACCUGGACACUCUCGACCUGGGCUACGCUCCCUCUGCUCCCCUGGAGGAGCCUUCCCCUCCCAACCACUCUUCCGCCUCGCUCAUCAAAGCCAUCCGAGAGGAACUGAUGCGCCUCUCCCAGAAACAGGCAGCGGUACCCAGCUAUCACAGCUGAGACCUGCCCCCUCCAGCUCCAUCAGGCAAAAACUACACUACACUGCACUGUACUUCCCAUGGAAGUGGCUUUUUUGAGAGGACGAUGACUGUACAUCAUGUAGCCUCUGCUGCCGCCUGGUGGAUUAUUCUUUAUUCCCAUGUUCCUGUUCGGUUUUCCCUCGUUGUUCAAAACAUAAUCAGCGUCCUGAGACUGAAGAACAAUGUUUUUUAUCUUCUUUACAGGCGACUUUAUAAUUUGGUAGCAACUGCUCUAUACAGACCGGGAUAACAAAGCUCAAAUAUGGCUGCCACACAUUCCUGUGGUCUUCUGUUAGAGGUGUGCGUGUGUUUUUCACAUUGUGUUGUUUUUUUGCUGUGUACACUGCCUUCACAUUUGAACAAUUGUAUACCUGGCACUGGCUCUUGUAGAUUCUCAUCACUGAACGCUGAACUGCUUUUGAUACCUUAAAUUAAUCUCAAUGAUCUACAAAAAGUUUUUGUUUUGUUUUUAUGUUUUAUUUCUCAGUGCAUCUUCUUCCCAUUCACUCAUGGUUCUGAUACUUUUAUCUCCGUUUAAUAGCCAUCAAGCAUUUGCCUUCAUAAUACAGUAUUGAGCUCUACACAGUAUUGUCUUAUAGUUUAAGGUCCAGUCGUAGUAUUUGAAGUAGUUCAUCUUCUUAUGCCUUUAUUUGGUUUGGAAUCUACAGGAGAGCUGGACGUACUGUACAGCUGCUAUGUCCAGUGCAUUGGAGGAAACUGUGUUAACAUUAAAGAAAUGUUCUAGGUUCAGUACAACUUGACAUAUUGUAAACCAAUAAAAAUGUGUUUUCAGUAAUGUACUUACAAUACAAUAAUGGACUGGUGGUGAAUGAAGGAUUCCAAGUUGCCCGCAAGUUGAU